AUGUCAACAAUUAAAGCCACUGAAGUGACAGUGGAUGCGAGUCCAGUGGGGCUGUCAGCGAUCUUAGCUCAGCGUGAUUCACCUUCAUCACCCCCGAACAUAGUCGCUUAUGCUAGUCGUGCUCUUACCUCUACCGAGCGACGCUAUUCGCAAACUGAAAAGGAGGCGCUGGCCGUGGUGUGGGGUAUUGAGUAUUUCCAUUUGUAUCUGUAUGGUGCAACUUUCACUCUGUAUACCGACCACAAAGCCCUCGAAGUCAACUUUGGGAACCCAAUUUCAAAACCACAAGCCCGAAUAGAGCGUUGGUUCCUACGCCUCCAGCAAUAUAAAUUUCGGGUUGUUUAUAAAUCAGGCAGUACAAAUCCGGCAGACUACUUGUCUCGCCAUCCCCCUGAUAGUAAACAAAAACAAACGAACAUUGCAGACAAGUACAUACACUUCGUAACACACACAGCAGUCCUCCCCGCACUUACAGUGGACGAUGUUCGCAAAGCAACCAGCAAAGAUACAUUACUUAGUUUGGUACGUACAGCAAUCCAGACGGCACAGUGGUCCAGUAGUGAACUGAAACAGUUCAAGCCCAUCAAAGAUGAACUAUCUAUUGACUACACCAACAAUGUGGUGCUUCGGGGCAUCAGACUUGUAAUCUCUUCAUCACUGGUUCAACGUGUUAUACAGCUGGCCCAUGAAGGGCACCAAGGGCAGGCCAGAACAAAGCCAAAGGCGUUGAUACGGGAACACGUUUGGUUCCCAGAAAUGGACAAAAGUUCGUGCAGAAUUUGA